ACCAUGAUGCCGCCAACAGGAGGAGCACCCCAACCCCCCGCUCAGCAAGUAGUGGCCAUGACGAGAGAAGAAGUGCAGAGGAUGGUGGCCGAUGCGGCAACACAGGCUGUGCAACAAGCCACUCACCAGACAUCCCAGGCUGCUACCGCGCCGACAACGGUGCAGGGGACACAAGAAGAGGACGUGUCGAGUUACGGCGGAGGAGGAGAGUACAGAGAUAGAGCGAUGGAGAGGAUGGCCGAACAGCUUAGGCAGUUGCAGGAGAAGGUGGAAGGAAGGCCGGAAAGACGUGCUCGAGGACACCCAUUCUCGAGGGAAAUCUUAGCUGCGCCGCUACCUGCGAGUUUCCGGGAGAUAAACCUGAUUUUCGAUGGAUCGAGCGACCCUUCGAGGCACGUGAGAGCAUUCAAAAACAUGUCCGUCUUACACGGGUACUCAGAUUCGGUCAGCUGCAGGGCCUUCCUGUCGACCUUACGGGGAGGCACGCUUGACUGGUUCCACCAAUUAGCUCCAGGUUCGAUCAGAGACUUUGAGGAUUUCGCAGGACAACUUACUAAUCAAUACUCAAGUGCGGUGCUCAAAAGAUGCAAGAAUUACAUUAACUUGGAAGAAAUGGAAGCAGAGUUUGCCAAGCUCGAGGACAUUGUGAAACCUGAGCAGAAGAAGGGAAAGAUGAGCUUGCCCAGGAGGGGAUCACCUAGGAAAAAUUCAACAAGAGGAGGAUCUUUUAAGAGGAUGUCGCCCAGGAGGAAUGGGCGAAAUUCAUUCCGAGAUAAGCGAGAAGAUCGCUGGCAAGGGCGACCUCGACUACCAAACGGCCAAAGAUAUAAUCAUUUUACUCCUAUCAACGCCCAGAUGGGCGAAGUCUUGGCGGCCAUAGAGGAGAAGUUGGAAAGCAAGGAAGUCACAUGGCCAGCGACCAGGGCGGACAGGUUUAAAUGCGUUGUCGUGUCUACCUACGACAUGACGAUCAAAUAUCCUAUGGGGGAAAAUGUAGGCGAGAUUUCGGGGGACCAGCUCACGUCGAGGAGUUGCUAUCAAACCACAGUCAGUAACAACAAACAGAUGGCAGAAAGGCAGUUGAAAGGCAAGGAAGUGAGGCCUGAUCGACCAGGAGGAUCACGAGCGAAAGAGGAGAGAGGAGGACAAGACAAGGAAAAGGAGAAGAUAGACAUACAGCUCGGAGAAGAGAUUGAGGAAGUUCAAAUGGUGCAGGGAUGCGAUGACCGAAAAUUCAGGAUUGGAAAAGAUUUGGGAGAGCCAAUCAGGUCGAAGCUGAUCAAUUUAAUAAGGGAAUUUACGGACGUUUUUGCGUAUACAACGGAUGAACUAACGGGGAUCGAAGCCAGAGUGAUCGAGCAUAGACUUAAUAUUGAUCUCAGUGUGAGGCUGGUAAAGCAAAAGAGGAGACAUCAUGGUGUGGAAAUGGACAAAAUCAUCGAGCAGGAGGUCGACAAGCUGAUGAACGCCGGGCACAUUAAGAAGAUUCAGUUCCCUGAGUGGUUAUCUAACACGGUAAUGGUGUCCAAACCGGGAGGAAAGUGGAGGAUGUGCAUCGAUUUCCGUGAUCUAAACAAGGCUUUCCUGAAAGAUCUAUACCCGCUGCCAAGGAUCGACCAGCUGGUAGACUCCACGGCGGGGUGCGAGUUGCUUAGCUUAAUGGACGCCUCGCAGGGGUAUCAUCAGAUCCCCUUGGCGAAAGAAGACUGGAGGAGAGUGAGCUUCAUAACAAGCAAAGGCACCUAUUGUUAUGUAGUCAUGCCGUUUGGAUUAAAGAAUGCCGGGGCCACUUACCAGCGGUUGGUCGACCAAAUUUUCAAAGACCAGUUGGGGAGGAAUAUGGAGGUGUACGUCGAUGACAUGCUGCUAGAGAGUAAGGUGGAGGUGGACCACGUGGGCGACCUGAGGGAGACUUUCCAAACACUGAGGAGGUUCGGCAUGAAGCUCAACCCGGCUAAGUGCUCGUUUGGUGUAAAGGCAGGGAAGUUCUUGGGAUACAUGGUGACAAAGCGGGGCAUAGAGGUGAAUCCCGAGAAAGUAAGAGUUGUGAUCGAAAUGAAGCCACCGGCCAAUGUGAAGGAAGUCCAAAUACUAACUGGUCGAAUAGCAGGGCUAAGCCGAUUCAUUUCCAAGGUGGCUGAAAAGAGCAGCCCUCUGUUCAAAACCCUGAAGAAGAGCUCGAAGUUUCAGUGGACGGAGGAAGCCCAGAAGGCCUUCGAGGAGCUGCAGGAGAUGCGGGCUAACUUGCCCUUACUGGCCAAGCCAAUUCAUGGAGAGGAACUUGUGCUCUACAUAUCGGUGGGCGAGAGUGCAGUAAGCUUAGUAUUAUUGCGAGAAGAGGGAGUGGCGCAAUUCCCAAUAUACUAUGUUAGUCGAGUAAUGCAAGGAGCAGAGUUGAGAUACUCGAAAAUUGAGAAGUGUGCAUUGGCGGUGGUCGUGACAGUCCGAAAGCUGAGGCCAUUCUUCCUAAACCACAAGGUCAAGGUGCGCACAAACAUGCCAUUGGAGCAGACUUUAGGUCGACCAGCAGUAUCUGGCCGGCUAGUAAAGUGGGCGGUCGAGCUGAGCGAAUACUCUAUAAUAUAUGAACCAAGGAGGGCGAUCAAAGCGCAGGUUUUGGCCGAUUUCAUACAAGAAG